GGAGGGGAACAAUCCUAGGGGCAGUUAACACAAGGGGUGCCAGCGGUAGCCCCGGGGAGCCGCGGGACCGCAAGGGUUAGCGAGGAGCCCGGGGGCGGGUCUGCGGGAGCCGGGCGCACAGGGCCCGCCCCUCCCGGGAGGCCCUGGCAGCGCCAGCCCGGGAGCAGUUCCGGUGCCAAAGCCCGGCCCACCCCGGCUCCCCCGGAAGUGCUUGUCUAAGGUUCGGGCCGGAGAGAGGCCUUGUAGGCACAGCGGCCGAGGCUCCGUCGGCUCCGAGUAGGGGCUCGCGUCCCCGUCAGCGUGCGGAGCUCCGAGGCCGCCGCCCCGCGCCCUCGCAGCGCCGGCGCACAGAAAAUGGCCAUUAAGAAGUAGAUGCACAAAUGUAACAGUGAUGAAGCAAUCCACCGAUCAUAAAGUAAGAUGCUGUGUGGCUUUCCAACCAGAUCAGAACAAAAUUAUAUCUGUUUUUCUCAGAAAAGAAUUCCACAAGGUCCUGUGACUUCCCAACAGCUACACAAAAGUAGGAGAAAGGCAGAGGUGAGAGGAUUGGACUGCUGCAAGUUCAAGACCAUCUUGAUCUGCAGAGCAUGUUCCAGGUUGGCACAGUGAAACCCUGUCUAAAAGUUAAGUCAGCAAACGAAGAAGGCAUUGUAUUUUGAAAUAUGAUUGAACUCCUGAUGCAGCAUCAGAGGCUAACAAUAUUAAUGGCCAGAUCUAGUGCUCACAUGGUCUUCUGAAGAAGCCAUGGGUAGCUGUUGUAGCUGUCCAGAUAAAGACACUGUCCCAGAUAACCACCGGAACAAGUUUAAGGUCAUUAAUGUGGAUGAUGAUGGGAAUGAGUUAGGCUCUGGCAUAAUGGAACUUACAGACACAGAACUAAUUUUAUACACCCGAAAACGUGACUCGGUAAAGUGGCACUACCUCUGCCUGCGACGUUAUGGCUAUGACUCUAAUCUCUUUUCUUUUGAAAGUGGUCGAAGGUGUCAGACUGGACAAGGAAUUUUUGCGUUUAAAUGUGCCCGUGCAGAAGAAUUAUUUAACAUGUUGCAAGAGAUUAUGCAAAAUAACAGUAUAAAUGUGGUGGAAGAGCCAGUUGUCGAAAGGAAUAAUCAUCAGACCGAAUUGGAAGUCCCCAGAACACCUCGAACACCUACAACUCCAGGGUUUGCUGCUCAGAACUUACCUAAUGGAUAUCCCCGAUAUCCCUCAUUUGGAGAUGCUUCAUCCCAUCCCUCAAGCAGGCAUCCUUCUGUGGGAAGUGCUCGCUUACCUUCAGUUGGUGAAGAAUCUACACAUCCUUUGCUUGUGGCUGAGGAACAAGUGCAUACAUAUGUUAACACUACGGGAGUGCAAGAAGAACGAAAAAACCGUGCAAGUGUGCAUGUCCCAUUGGAGGCAAGAGUUUCUAAUGCUGAAAACAACACACCAAAAGAAGAACCAAGUAAUAUUGAAGACAGGGACCCUCAGAUUGUUCUUGAACCCGAAGGAGUCAAAUUUGUUUUAGGACCAACCCCUGUUCAGAAGCAGUUAAUGGAAAAAGAGAAAUUGGAACAACUUGGAAGAGAUCAAGUUAGUGGAAGUGGUGCAAAUAACACAGAAUGGGACACUGGCUAUGACAGUGACGAACGAAGAGAUAUACCAUCUGUUAACAAACUGGUGUAUGAAAAUAUAAAUGGGCUAUCUAUUCCUAGUGCCUCAGGGGUCAGGAGAGGUCGUCUGACGUCCACCAGUACCUCAGAUACCCAGAAUAUCAACAACUCAGCUCAGAGAAGAACUGCAUUAUUAAACUAUGAAAAUUUACCGUCUUUGCCUCCCGUUUGGGAAGCCCGCAAGCUAAGUAGAGAUGAAGAUGACAAUUUAGGACCAAAGACCCCAUCUCUAAAUGGCUACCAUAAUAAUCUAGAUCCAAUGCAUAACUAUGUAAAUACAGAGAAUGUAACAGUGCCAGCAAGUGCUCACAAACUAGACUAUUCAAGGCGUCGGGACUGUACACCGACAGUCUUUAACUUUGAUAUCAGACGCCCUAGUUUAGAACACAGACAACUUAAUUAUAUACAGGUUGAUUUGGAAGGUGGCAGUGACUCUGACAACCCUCAGACUCCAAAAACGCCUACCACUCCCCUUCCACAAACCCCUACCAGGCGCACAGAGCUAUAUGCUGUGAUAGACAUCGAGAGAACUGCUGCUAUGUCAAACUUGCAGAAAGCACUGCCACGAGACGAUGGUACAUCCAGGAAAACUAGACAUAAUAGUACAGACCUGCCCAUGUGAGCCGGGAAAGCGUUAUGUUGUUUGCACCUUUGUGAAGUUUUUAGAAGUGGAGAUGCAAGUGCUUCGUUUUCAUUUCUACACUAACUCCUUUUAUAGACUGAUACAUUUUUUCCUGAAUAUUUCAUGUGCAUUUUAACUAAAGGGAAUUAAUGUAGAGCAGGUACUCCUUACAGAACACUAACUUCAUUAUAUACAACUCAUUAUUGUACAGCAGCAUUCCCAUUCUCACAGUGCCUAUUUAAGAUGAGACUGAAGUGAACGACAUGCUGGUUGAUUUUUAUCCUAUAUUUGGACUUAUGCAUAUCUUUCAUGUCUAAGGUGUGGUUGGCAUUUCAAACCUUUUCUAAAGCCUCUUGAUAACUUGCGUUGCUAACAGAUAACUCUAGGCUUUGAAAGUAAUACUUGUAGAUUCACUGUUCACAGUAUAUGGUCUCCAGCAUGUAACAUGAGGAAUCUUUUAUUUCAUUAAUUAAUUUUUUGACUUGGGCCAAAAUAUAGGUAAAAGAAAAGAAUCACACCUCCUUUUAUACCAGUCAGCUCCUCAGCCUUCAGUGUUACUAGAAAGAGUCCAGGAUCAUGAAUAUAUUUGCAUAUUGAGAGUCAAGCAGGAGACCAGAUUUUGUUUACUCAUCUCAUAGUGUCAUUUGAAGAGCAUGUCCAGAUCUUACUCAGAAUCACAAUAGGUUUAGGAAUCAGUCUCAGGUCACUUUUCCCCCAAAACAUUUGAAAAUCUAAACCACGACCUCUUGGAGGUUCUUUCCUGUAGAUUGUUGCAGCACAUUGUUUUCUGGAGGCAUUUGUGCCAUUAAGUUCCCAUUUAUCUUCAGUUUUUUCCUUUGGUGUUUGGGUUGUCUUAUUUUGUUGCGUAAUGUCUUUCAGUUUAAAAUGUUUGAGUUUGUAUAUAGUUUUGAAAUUGGAUUAUAUGUUCAUUGUUACUUUGUUUGCAUUUUUGUCAAAUUAUGGUCUUGAAGGUUCAUUUGGAACUUACUGUUAUUCUGUAACAGGGUUGCCCUUGUCCAGUAUUUAUUUAUAUGCUGUUUACUUUUCAAGUUGAUGAAAAACAUUAUCUCAAUUUUAAAUUUCACUUGUGUCCAUAGGUGAUCUCUCUAGCAGCUGAGAAAAAAAGAAAGAUACUUAAAUUUGCAAAGUUGCCUAAAGGUACUGUCUUCUCUGUGGGCACAUUCCCCAGCACUUUAGCAGGGAUUUCCUCAGCUACAUGGCUGCAGUCCCACUUUACCCACUCUAGAGUUUCUCAGCUCUGCAGUCCUUUGACUUUAUAGUCCCCAGAUUUUCAGUAAAAUGUUAAUAUCAUUGCCAGCAUAGCAGGUACAGGGAAGUCUCCUAGCAAUGAGAUUGUGUCAUAAUUUAGGAUCUAAAAUAAACAGAGUUUAUAUAAACUGAUGUCCAGAUGUUGAACUCUUUUAAAAUCAAGAAUGUCCCAAAUUCUCAAACAAUGUAGAAUAAAGAGAAGAGUGGAAAGAAGGUUAGGUAACCUUGCAAAAAUAUUUACUUUUUUCUCUAAUUAUGAGGAAAUUUGAAAUUAUGAUCUGAAUCUACCAGAUGUGACUAAGGUUAAUUUAACAAGAAAAAAUUUCAAUCACACAAAAUCUAAUCUGUUCAGUAAAUAACUUAAUCCUACAACAGUGAAUGGAUUAGCAGAACAAUAGAGUGGGACCAUUGCAAAAAUUAAAUUAUUACAGUUGUCUUUAUUGUUUUCAGUGCCAUUGGUUUUAUAGCAUAGCAGAAUAUUCUUUAUUCCUCUGUGAACUUGGUGCUUACUAAAAUGUUCGCUGUUCUCUUAAAAAGAGCAGUGGUUAGAUGUGCAGUUUCCACUCUUAAUAUACUGUUCCAGUUAUCCUUUCUUCUGAAUAGGUUGCUAAUUGUGCCAAAUUUCAAUAAUGGUUUUGUAAUGUGGAAUAGGAGUUAUGAUGGGAUCAGUGCACAUGGUUUCCUCUGUAAUAAGCAGUUAAGGCAGACAUAAAUCUCCAAAUGAAAGGGCUCAUCUAUUUAAUCAUUUUGGAGGUUGGAUGCUUUAUUAUUUUCUUUAUCCUUUUCACUUUUCCUUCCAGAUGCUAAUUCGGUUUUAUGUCUUUUUAGUGACUCUGAAUCAUUACAGUUUAUGCUUUAAAUAGUACAUGGUUUAAUGGGACCAAUAUGUUUGCUAAGAAUUUGAUUUGAUUUUAGGGUACUAUAUGAACAUUAGGCAGAGAUAUACAGGUGGUGGUAAUGUCUAGAUAUCUUCUGGAAAUCACCUUUGUUACUAUUUAAUAAGUCAUUUAGAAUACCACUGUCCCUUAUACUAGUCUCUCUGUGUUCUCUCUCCUCUCUUCUCUUCUCUUCUCUUCUCUUCUCUUCUCUUCUCUUCUCUUCUCUUCUCUUCUCUUCUCUUCUCUUCUUCUUCUUCUU